AUGUCCUCUGUCAUGGACGGAUUUCUGGUCCCCGUUGUCCUCUAUGGCCUUGUCUCCAUCCUACAAGGACAAUCUCAUCCAUCUAGAGAUAAGAAGAUGACUAUGUGUCACCUCAUUUCUCAAAGCCCUGUGUUUGAAUACAAGUAUUACCAGAGAGGAGAUGUGAUGAUCGGAGGGCUGGUCACUGUACACACAACCGCUACUACUACGAGAUCGAAAAACAUUGCAUUUUACAAUAGGAUCGAUAUAUCAGAAUAUGAAUACUUGAUGGGAUUUUUUUUUGCAAUCGAUGAGAUUAACAAGGACCCCGAUCUCCUUCCCAACAUUACUCUAGGCUAUCACUUGUUUGACACGUGUGGAUACAUUAUGAGGGCAAUAGAUUCCACCCUACAGAUACUGACUGGUGGAGGAAUGUCGGGUGUUCCAAACUAUUGGGGUACGAAAAACUCUGAAGUCGCUGGUUUUGUGGGCGAUGCCACUUUCCCAUCAACACUUGCCGUGGCUGAGCUCUUGAAUAUUUACCAGUACCCACAGAUCAGCCAUCGAGUCACCGACCCUCUCCUGAGUGACAGAGAAAAAUUCCCAAAUUUUUACCGCACCGUUGCAAGCAACUGGCUUUGGUAUGCAGAGGUUAUAGAAUUCCUGAAAAUGUUUGGAUGGAAUUGGGUUGGAAUCAUCACAUCGAGUGACGGAACCGGAGAAACAGAAUUGCGGGAGCUGAGAAAAGAGAUGACCAGACACGGGAUCUGUAUUGAAUUUGUCGUUUACCUGACCAGUGAUGUGGAAAUUACCAAUAGAAGGGUGAGGGUUAUUGAGAAGUCAACUACGGAUGUCGUGAUAGUAUGCGGCCAUUUUAUAUAUGAAUAUAUCUUGUUUUCGAAAGAAUCAAAAGUUCUCAGACAAAAUAUGACAUUAAUUGUCAAUCCGUCAUGGAAUGUUCUUGGAUAUCCAGAGAUCAGCCUGAAAGAAACAUUUAAUUGCAGCAUUGUAGCGAUAUUUCCUCUGUAUUACAUUCCUGGAUUUGAUGAUUUUAUGUGCAAUGUACAUCCAUCCAAACGGCCAGACGAUCCAUUGCUGGAAGAUAUUUGGAUAAGUAAGUUUAAUUGUCCUUCUUCAAAUAUACAUAAAAAUAAUGUAUUUCUAUCUGGUGUCUGUAACAUCACCUGCACCGGGCCAGAAUCAUUGGGAUAUCGCUUUACGAGGAGGGGUGAUGGAAAAUUUUAUUUCAUCUACAUUGCGGUAUACGCUCUGGCUCACGCUUUGAACAAUAUGAGACUAAGAAGAAAUAAAUCUGGAAAUUAUGGAAUAAGGAAAAAGGUGGCACUUGGAGGGUUUGACUUUCAGACCAUGCUGGAUCAGUACUUGGAAGACGUCGGACAGCUGCACAGAUACGUCCGGACGGUUCAGUUCAAGAACUCCCACAGACAAGACGUAAUUUUCAAUGAGAGAGGAGAAUUACCUAGUGUGUUUACGCUAGCAAACAUGGUGAUUUUUGAUACUGAUACAAAUGACUGGGAAAUCAAAAUGACAUUGGUUGAAUUCACCAGUGAUUUUAGUAAUAGCAAGACAGAUAGGACUGCAAAAGUAUCCUAUUGGAAACAGGGAAAGGUUCCCCAAGCUCGGUGCAGUGACCCGUGUCCUCCAGGAUCCAGGAAGGUUCCGACUGAAGGAGUCCAUAUCUGCUGCUAUCACUGUGUGCCGUGUUCUGAUGGAGAAAUCUCUAAUAAAACAGACAGUGACAUCUGCCACCAAUGUCCUGUUGAUACGUUGCCGGAUAAGAGAAAAAUCACCUGUAUUCCCAAAACAUAUGACUAUCUCUCUUAUGAGACAAACAUCAUAGCUCUAGCUUUUUAUUUUAUCUCUAUAUUAUGUUCUGUGGAAACUCUCUCUAUACUGACACUGUUUAUUAUAUUCCGGGACACUCCAAUUGUGAAAGCCAAUAACCGGACGGUGAGCUUCAUCCUCCUGACCGCCAUCUUGCUGAGCUUCCUCUGCGUCUUCUUCUUCCUCGGACGUCCUGUGGAUAUAACCUGCAUGGUGAGACAAAUAUCAUUUGGGAUCUUCUUCUCCAUCGCUGUCUCUUCUGUUCUGGCCAAGACUAUCACAGUCUGCAUUGCCUUCAGAGCCUCCAAACCCGGCAGCUACUGGAGGAAGUGGGUGGGAGAGAAGACUUCUAAUUCUGUUGUCAUAAUCGGCUCUUCUGUCCAAGUUGUGAUCUGUGUUGUUUGGCUGUCAGUGUCUCCUCCCUACCAAGAGUAUGACAUGGACUCCUAUCCUGGGAAGAUCAUCAUUCAGUGUAAUGAAGGGUCAGUUAUCGGCUUCUACUCUAUGUUGGGUUAUAUGGGGCUUCUGGCAGCUGUGAGUUUUCUUCUGGCUUUCAUGGUGAGGACAUUUCCGGACAGUUUUAAUGAGGCCAAGUACAUCACCUUCAGCAUGCUGGUGUUCUGCAGUGUCUGGAUUUCCAUGAUCCCGGCCUAUCUGAGCACCAGAGGGAAAUAUAUGGUGGCUGUGGAGGUAUUCGCCAUACUGACCUCCAGUGCUGGAUUGUUGGGAUGUAUAUUUUUUCCUAAAUGUUAUAUAAUUAUCAUACAACCUCAGAGAAAUACAAGAAAACAUAUUUUUAAUAAGGUCAAAUCAUAA